AUGACGACGCUGUCGGAGAGCUCCGAAGGGACGGGACUCUUCGACUGUUUGACGGUGCGCUCUCCACGCUUGCUGCAGCGAGGGGUUCCAAAAGCCCGCACCAGAGGAAGUUUUCGCAUCAGUCAUGUUGGGGUCAGCCGAUUUGAGCAGUUUGUGCGCAGCGACAUAUUUCAUUACUUGGCCAAUAUGCCAUUGCGAUGGAUGCUGCUCAACUACUGCGUCGUCUACAUCUUGACCUGGCUCUUGUUCACUUUUUGGUGGCAACAUGCUGCCAAUGACUGUGAGAGUCGCGAGUUGAACUUUCGCAGGGCCUUCCUGCUGUCCUUGGAGACUGGGAUUAAAGGGUGUGACAUGGUGUGA